UCACGGCCAUCGCCAUCAUGGCCCUCUACUCCGUGGUGUGCGUCGUGGGGCUCUUCGGCAACUUCUUGGUCAUGUAUGUCAUCAUCCGGUACACGAAAAUGAAGACUGCCACCAAUAUCUAUAUUUUCAAUCUUGCAUUGGCAGAUGCUCUAGCGACAAGUACUCUGCCAUUCCAGAGUGUGAAUUACUUGAUGGGAACAUGGCCAUUUGGUACAAUCCUUUGUAAGAUUGUUAUAUCCAUAGACUACUACAAUAUGUUCACCAGUAUCUUUACACUCUGCACAAUGAGCGUGGAUCGCUACGUAGCUGUUUGCCACCCAGUCAAGGCCCUUGAUUUCCGUACUCCAAGAAAUGCCAAAAUCGUCAAUGUCUGCAACUGGAUUCUUUCUUCUGCUAUUGGCCUGCCAGUUAUGUUCAUGGCAACUACCAAAUACAGGCACGGCUCUAUAGACUGCACACUUACAUUCUCCCACCCUGCUUGGUACUGGGAGAACCUCCUGAAAAUCUGUGUGUUCAUCUUUGCCUUCAUCAUGCCGGUCCUGAUCAUAACCGUGUGCUACGGGCUGAUGAUUUUACGCCUGAAGAGUGUUCGCAUGUUAUCUGGCUCCAAAGAGAAGGACAGGAACCUGCGGAGGAUCACAAGAAUGGUUCUGGUGGUGGUGGCAGUGUUUAUUGUGUGCUGGACUCCCAUCCACAUUUAUGUCAUCAUUAAAGCCCUGAUCAACAUUCCAGAAACUACUUUCCAAACUGUCUCCUGGCACUUCUGUAUUGCUCUAGGUUGGAACUUCAAGAAGCUGAAACUUCUCCACUGCCGUGACAGGGCCUCCUGCUGCAUAGCUCAAAGCAAUUGCAAACCAGCAGCACAGCCUGUCUGUGCAGAUGCUGUGGGAAGGGAUAGCAUACAAUUUCCCUCAAAAACACAGAGGAAAAUGCCUGCUUUUCCAGCCUCUCAAAAACUAAUUCUGCAGCACCUCUGCAUAGCACAUAACACAAGCAUGAAAUUUAGUAGCAAGCAGAGCCAAGAGAUGCAGGGGCUUUCUAAGCACCGGUGUUCUGCACAUCCAUGUUUUCCAGGAAUGCAUUAGUCCGACAGAAGGCUGCUCUACUUGUAGCUGUUUGACAUGAUUUGAGCAUUUGCAGUAGUGUUAAACAGGUUGGAAACAAAAACUGAGAGACAACUACAGCUUGAAAACGAAAUGGGAGCUUUUAAUGCUGAAAUUGUUGGGGACUAGAUUAAUACUUUAAAAUUUCUUUAUAAAGGUAUUUUCUGUGUACAUUACUUAUAUGCGAAAGUUUCACAAGAUCAACUAGGACAAUACCUUUGUGGUGGACUCUUACAAGAAUUGUUCUUUCCACAGUUUCAGAGGAGAAUAUUUCUUUCAAUCUUCAUUAAAAAACAAAAAACCUCCCAGCUGCACCAUACUUUUCCAGUCCUUGCAUAGAAACAAGACCUUUAGAGUCAAAACAGUCAGCUACUCUUUUAAAGGAGGUAAGAGUAAGUGAAGAGGUUUGCUCCAGGCCGUGUUGUUAUAAACUGGAGAAUGAACUCUAAAACAAAAUUGAUUCUAUUAAUGUAAAUUCCAGUGUGAGUAGAAAUAUAGGUUUAAGCUCUCAGAGCCACAGUAAGAUAUUAAUGAAUUCUCAUUAACUUAAUUUCUCAUGUUGCAGCUGUGCAAUCAGCAACAUUUUGAAGUUAUGUAAUUUUUUUUUUAAAGCACUUUAGGAUCCUUCAAUAUGUAAGGGACUGUAUGAAAUGUAAGUCAUCAAUGGUCCCUAUAUGAAGUGCGCUUGGGCAGACAACACAUUAGACCUUUUAAAGAAAAGUUACAUUUUGCUAGGAAAUAUUUUUCUUAACCAAGUCCAUGUGCUCGCUUUUCUUACUGAUGUAAUACUGUCUUCAUCUCUAUUUUGUAUUAGCCACUAAAACACAUAAAAAAAAGAAACAUUGAACUUAAGUCCGUCUUUACUAUUUUCUAAUAUGAAAAAUAGAAAUAUCCAUGUAGAUAAUUUGUGGUGCAAUGCUAUUUUCUAGUCAUUGUUGUUUGCUUUGUAAAUAAAACAUCAGUAGUUACCUGAUGAAAACAGUGCUUUGAAUCUCUGUGUAUUCUAAAAUACAGCUGUAUAGGAUGGUUUGCUUUUUCUGAAGCCACAUUGUAUUUCUUAUUCCCACAGAUAAAACCUGUGUGACAAAGUAUGCUUUCCAUGUGAAUUGUUUGUUUCUGCCAUGGUCUGCAUAAUAAAGAUUGAAGGUCAAAUCCACGUGAGUUAUAAAUCGAAAUAGUGUUAUUGAGUUUUAUCAAUGUGUUACAGCUAAAUAUGAAAUCACUUGUAUCUACAGAAUAUGUAACCAGACAUAGUAGAAGUACCUUAAUAUUUUCAUUUUUCUGUCAAAAACUGCACUAAGUGUCAUAGAGAUUUAAUAUUUAAUUUUAUAUUACCUUAGCAGAAUGUCCUUAUAGUCAGCAACAAAAUUUAAACCAAUCUUCAAUAUCCCAAGACAAAGGCUUUUUAUCAAAAUUUUAAAUAGCAUGAUAUACAGGCAAACUCAGUAGAGAAUUGCACUCACUGUGUUGCAUUACACAGCAGCAUUAUUUAACUCAGAAGGAAAAAUGUCAGAAUUUGACAUAAAAUACAUUCCAGAAAGGCAAAUGGAUUAUCCUAGUAGACUUUUAUUAUGGCAUGUCAGGUCCUGAGUAGUCUGACCUGCUUCCAUACAACAGUCUAACAAGUUUGAAAUAUAUUGUGACAAUAUUUUGAGUUUAAUAUUUUAAUAUUUUAAAACACUCAAACAACCAAUCAGAAAUACAUUCAAUUAAACCUAAAGCCGUGGUUUAUAGCUUUAGUCAUGAGUUCAUUAGCUUUGACAGAAUUUACU